AGGCCCCAGCUGCGGAAGGGGGAAGUGGUCUCGAGGCGUCGGCCCGGACUCCGGGGUCCAGCGUGGGAGGCAGAGACCGGAGCAGCCAUGAGCUUCCAGCAGAAUCUACAAGGGGGCAAGGCCUUCGGGGAGCUGAAGGCCCAGCAGGAGAAGGUUCUGGACUCUCUCAAUAAGGAAUUCCUGGACGACCCCAAAUACAGCACAGACGAAGACCUGCCGGAGAAGCUGGAGGCCUUCAAGAAGAAAUACAUGGAGUUCGACCUCAAUGGGAACGGGGACAUCGACAUCAUGGCUCUGAAGCGGAUGCUGGAGAAGCUGGGGGCGGCCAAGACCCACCUGGAGCUGAAGAAAAUGAUCACGGAGGUGACGGGCGGCCUGGGCGAGACCAUCGGGUACCGGGACUUCGUCCACAUGAUGCUGGGCAAGCGCUCGGCCAUCUUCAAACUGAUCCUGAUGUACGAAGACAAAGCCAAGGAGAAAGAGGAGAAGCCGGCCGGACCCCCCGCCAAGAGGGCCAUCGCUGACCUCCCCUAGCUGCCCCCAGCGCCCCCCCUCCGGGGGCUGUCGUGGGGCCCCGGGCAGGGAGCGGGUUCCCAUGGUUCACGUCGCUCCUAGAAACUAAGCCACUAACAAUGUCUGCAGGGGGCCUGGGGGGCAGCACCCAGGCUGGGGGGGCAGGGU